UGUGGGGGAGGGGAGGUGCGCAGUCGGGUCGGAGUGGAUUCGCCAGUCGGGCAGUUGGCACGCCUGCGGGUCGGCCGUUGGACGACGCCGCGGUACGGCAGGUGCUGGGUCGGUGCGGGGGAGGCAGGCCAGUGCUGCCAUCUUUGCGCGACGGCGUACCAACCGAAGAUGAAGACAGGCGCUGCCACCACAACCUCGCGGACGAAAUGAAUUCCUGGACAUUGGUGUCCUCUGCCUACUUCUUGCUCACAAGUUUAGCAUGCGUCGCCUGCAAGAAAAACUACACCAUAAAGCCAAGAGUGGUCUUGCCAGAAAACUACGUAAAAGAAAUUCGACCACCGUCCAAGAAGGGAGAGCCAGUCACUGUGGAUUUCUCCAUCUACGUCGUGGAUAUCAACUCGAUCAAUGUGGAGGACAUGGACUUCCGCGUAGACAUGUUCGUUCGUCAGCGGUGGACUGAGUCGCGCCUCAACAUGACGGACGACCUGUUCGAGGACGGCGACGACUACGUCACCCUGCCGCCGCAGUUCUUCGACAACCUGUGGCAGCCCGACCCCUACAUCCUCAACUCCAAGGUGUCAGAGAUCGCGAGGCUGACGCACAAGUUCUCGAGCGUGACGCUGUACCGCAACAAGACGGUGCGCUACGCGGCCCGCAUGCACGCCAUCAUCGCCUGCCAGAUGGAGUUCCAGAUGUACCCGGUGGACAUCCAGGUCUGCCCCAUGUACAUCGAGAGCUUCUCGUACAACGACCAGAAGCUGCUGCUGCGCUGGGGGGCGGACGGGGUGACGGUGAACCCGGAGCUGAAGCUGCUGCAGUACCACCUGGGCCAGCCGCUGGGGCUGGAGCACACCUCGGGCUACAUGCACGAGAAGGAAGCCAACUUCUCGCGCCUGGUCAUGUACUUCCGGUUCGAGCGGCAGAUCGGCCACCACCUGAUCCAGACGUUCGCCCCCAGCUCGCUGGUGGUGAUGCUGUCCUGGUUCAGCUUCUGGAUCGGCCUGGACGCCAUCCCAGGGCGCGUGACCCUGCUCGUCACCUCCAUGCUCACCCUGGUCACCAUGUUCACCGGCCUCAAGUCCGACGUGCCGCCCGUCGCCUACGUCAAGGCGCUGGAUCUGUGGAUGGCCGGCUGCAUGGUGUCUGUGUUUGCUGCGCUCGGGGAGUUUGUGGUGGUGAAGGUGCUGGACGCCAGCUACCAGGCCCAGAAGCGCAGCAAGGUGGCCCCCAUGCCCACCAUACUGUCCAUGCCGCUGCGGUCGAACGAGAAGUCGUGCAUGAUGUGGGACGUGGAGGCGGGGAUGCGCUGUCGCAGCCGCAGCGUGAACCUGCACAAGCGCAGGCUGCUGCAGCUGGUGUGGGAGGACCACCGCACCGGCGAGGAGAAGGUGCUGGCCCGGGAGAUCGACCGCCAGUCCCGGGUCGUCUUCCCCGUCUUCUUCCUCAUCUUCCUGGUCUUCUACUGGCCCCUGCUGCUGCUCAAGAAGGCCUGACGACUGCUCCGGCCAGACGGGGGUUCUGUCCUGCUGCAUCUACUGCAAUUCCUGUUUUUGUCCUACCGGUCUUUUAUUCCAUGAUCUUCCCGGUCUUCUCCAUACAGCCUGACAAUCUCCUGCAAAGUCAACCGCCAUUUCCUCGUCGUCUUCCUCUCCUUCAUUACCUUCCCAAUCUCCUACUGGCCCUUGCUGCUUCUCUCUGCAAGGCCUGGCAGUAGCUCCGGCCAGGAGAAUGUGCUGAUCUGCGAGGUCAACCACCAUUCAAGUGUCGUCUCCCCCUGUCUUCUUCAUGAAGACGACCUGACCACCGCACUGGCCAGGAGGUGUUGGCCCACGAGAUCAACUGCCGUUACCGUAUCAUACCAGACUUCUUCGUGAUCUAGUCUUCUCCAUUGCCUUCCCAGUCUUUUUUCAUGGUCUUCUAGUCUUCUGCAAGAUCUUCCAAACUAAUUCAUGAUCUUUUCUAGCCUUCCUAAUAAUUUUCUCAGUCUUCUUCAUUAUAUCCCUAAUCUUCUUCAUGAUUUUCCCCAUAGUCUUCCUAAUAAUUUUCUCAGUCUUCUUCAUGAUUUUCCCCAUAGUCUUCAUGAUAUGUCUUCCACUGGCCCCUACAGCUGCUGCUCACCACACAACCCGACAAUCACAAGGGGAAGAUUUUGAAAACUUCAACCCCACACCUACCCACCUAUACAAUAGUACCCUGUAAUACAGUGUUUAAGUUAGCCAAGUAAUUCUGUUUAGUAUGGGUAAAAACAUUUUAACAUGAUAAGAGUUCUAUUUUUAAAAAAAAAUUUUAGGGACCAACUGAAGAGGAAGCAUCUUUAUGGCCCCGCCUACUUAGGACACACAUACAAUGUGCAUAGCUUCAGAAAAAAAAAAUCACGCAAUUGGAAAAUUGCUCAAGGUAUCAGAGUUGUGAGUUGUGUCUGCUUACGAAAAAAAAUUUUAAAAUAAGCUCAUGGUGGAUGAGCAUGUAGUUCUGUUUCCGUAUUUCGUUUUUAAAAGAGUUAAAAUGGCUAAAUCGUGUGAUUUCGGAAUAACUUUUAGGCACAAAAACACUCGGUACUGAUUCUUGAAAGCGCACUCAAGCAAUUUGCAUUAAACCUUUAAAUUCAAUUACUGUAUUUCCCAAAUAAUGUUAUUCGUCAAAUCUCAUAGCUGUCCUAUGCAGGGCAAGAAGAUUGUGUGCCAGUUCAGAGCCUUGCACUUAGUGGCGAAACAGUGCUAGAAGCACCAGUAAGCAUCACACCUCACUAACAGACACACCCCUGACACCGUUUGCCCAUUAAAGACACCCACAGUCACAUCUGAGAGUAUUCUGAAAUGUCAGCAAGCCUUAAGUGUUGUGUUUAACUAAUUUACUUACUUAUAAAACUUUGAUUGUGGGCUAGAAUGAAAGGGAUUUGUUUUGCUGUACAAACUUUUUUUAUUGACUAUUUGACCAAUCACUUCAGUUGUACAAUUAUCAUUCUCAUUUCUCAGUCCAUGUGUCUACUUAUCUUUCAGUUAUAUCACUAGUGAACAUUUUAGAAAAAUACUAUAUUAGUUUUCUAAUGUAUUUUAUCCAAGAUGAAUGUAAUGCAACAGAUACAUAUAAUCAUUUAUGUUCAGGCCAAGAAGCUUAUUCAUAGUUUUGAGUAGUUUUGCCUCUGUCACUUAAGAAAUAUAAAAAUAUUCAAUGUACAUAUUUGAAAACUAUAGAGCAUGAACAAGAUGUGCUUACCAUCAGAACCUAACAUACCUAUUUUGCAGAAGCCUAUGAACAUAUGCAAUAGGAAAUAGUCAUGAAUUUAGUCAUCUGAGAACAUCCUUUCAAAUCGUUCUUACAAGAAAAUGUGCACAAGAAAAGUGUCAUGGUCUUUUGAGUAAAGAGUAAAAAAAUAUUUUACAAAAAAUAUUUGCCAAGGGUAAUUUAUGUACACGCACUUAAAAAAUCAGUGUGGAUAUUUUCAUAUAUGUUCAUAUAUGUUUCAUUUUAUAGGGAUAAACAUAUAUAUUUAUGCACUUUUUAAAAAUAAAUUACUAUUUGCUUUUUGUGAUCUUUCAUAUGGAUAUUUUGUUACUUUUACUUUAUAUAUUUGAUAGUUAUUAAUUUUCACUGCAUUUUGGAUAAUUUAUUCUAGUACAGAACUAAAAAUUAUACAAGCAUAUUUCAAUAUAAGUAUUUGUUUUUUUGUUAAAAUUUUUUUUUUUUAAAUAACUGAACAUAUAAAUAUAAUGCUCGAAAUGAUGUAUGUAUGCAUGUACAUAAAGUGUAUUGAAUAUUUCAGAAAGUAAUCUGCAAGUCUAACGGCUUGCUGUGUUCCUAACUAUGUGAGGAGAUUUCAAUAAAUUUAUUGAACCAG